CGAAAACAUGGCGGAUGUGGAGGCAGCGAAGUCUCUGAGCGGUCUGCUGAACGGAAUCGCUCAGAGAGUUUAUUAUAAUAACGGAGAGAUCACGGAGGAGCUGCUGAGGACCGAGUUAUUCCCCGAGCUGCCGCGAGACGAGUUCACCGCCCUGCACGAGCGCAUGAGAGGCCUCCUCAAGUCCAUCGCCGCAGCAGACAUGGACCACGCCCAGCUGGAGGCCUUCCUCACGGCGCAGACCAGGAGGCAGGGCGGCGGCGGGGUGACCGCCGAGCAGGCCGCCGCCCUCUCCCGCUUCUGGAAGAGCCAGCGAGUCCGGGUGCGGGAGAGCCUGCUGGCUCAGAGCCGCUGGGAGCCCGGCCUCAGGGGCCUCUCCUGGAGGGUGGACCUCCAGACCGCAGCCAGCCGGGGGGACGCGGCCCACGGCGGCCCCGUGGCCCUGAUGGAGCUGGAGCUGGGCAGAGCCGGACAGGUGAGACUAACGUCCCGUGUGUCCUCUCGUUGAGUCCCAGUCACCGGCCCCGUCUGCUGCUGCACGUUAACGGAUC